AUGAAUUUUGUGAUUCCUGGUGAGAUUUCGAAAGUGUUCCUCAUUGAAAAUCCCAAUUUUUCCCCAGAUUUCCUAUCAAAAGUUGAGAAAAAUGAAGCCGGUCAAAGUUGGUUAAUCAAAUUGGGAUCACAAAUUAUGAGAAGAACAUCGAAAUCGAUGGUUGCGGCGCAAAUCAAGCUACCGCAGUUGGUGGAAAUUGAGAAAAUUGUGAAAUUCUCAACGAUUGAGGAGAGACUUUACAAAAAUGAGAGGGAUGCGUUGAAAGUUUCGAUUGAAAAUAUGGUGAACAGUGUGGGAGAUGAGGUUUUGGUGAGGAAUAUGGUGGGAAGAGAGAGGGUUUUGCAAGCGUUGACGGUUUUGAAGGAGACCUUGAUUUCUUGUAAGUUGUUUUUGUUGUGGAAAAAAUUGGAAAAUUUUCUUCAAGCCGGCGAACAUACUCGAAACGGUCGUCAAAAACGGAAAAAUAUCAACGAGAUCGUCGUUGCUGAACCGAUCAACAUACUUUUCCGCAUGAUUUGCAAGAAAAAACAGGAAAUUCUUGAGAUUUUGCGGCACGUUUUAAGAAAUUCCAACCAUGAUUCGGAAGUUUAUUGGUUGGAAAUGGAUUUCGAUGGAGCUUCGAGACGCUAUGAAGAGGUUUUGAAAAUUAUUGAAACAAUACGAGAUUUGAAUUUGAGUAUUGGAAAAAUUGGCGGAAAUUGA